CACUACGGCCGCGUGCAUGCCGUUUUGUUUUGCUGACCAUUUAUUUAAAAAAAUAAAUUAAAGACAUGGUGGAGCUGAAGAAAGGCGAUCACAAUCUGGAGGCCUGUGCCUGGGAUCCGGGCGACAGCAAGGAAUGGGCCAGGCCCAUCAAGCCUCUCCAGGAGAAGUGGAAGUUGCUGCCGGCCUUCCUGCAAGUAAAGGGCCUCGUCAAGCAGCACAUUGAUUCCUUUAACCAUUUCAUAAACGUGGACAUAAAGAAGAUUGUGCGGGCCAACGAGAUGGUGACCAGUGGAGCCGACCCCCUUUUCUAUCUGAAGUACCUGGAUGUGCGCGUAGGAAAGCCGGACAUCGACGAGGGAUUCAACAUCACCAAAGCUACCACACCGCACGAGUGCCGCCUGAGGGACACCACCUACUCGGCUCCAAUUACUGUGGACAUUGAGUACACCCGAGGCACCCAAAGGAUUAAGAGAAACAACCUCCUGAUUGGGAGGAUGCCUCUCAUGCUGCGGUGCUCCAACUGUGUCCUCACCGGCAAAUCGGAGUUCGAGUUGUCCAAACUGAAUGAGUGUCCUCUGGAUCCGGGUGGCUACUUUGUAGUACGCGGCCAGGAGAAGGUCAUCCUCAUCCAGGAACAGCUGUCGUGGAACAAAAUGCUGACGGAAGACUUUAACGGAGUGGUGCAAUGCCAGGUCACCUCGUCCACUCACGAAAAGAAGUCGCGUACUUUGGUUUUAAGCAAGCACGGAAAAUAUUACCUCAAGCACAACUCCAUGACUGACGACAUACCCAUUGUGGUGAUCUUCAAGGCCCUUGGAGUGGUAUCGGAUCAGGAGAUUAUGGCGCACAUAGGAAUAGACUCCAAGUCGCAGAACCGCUUUGGUGCCUCUCUACUGGAGGCUUUUAAUCUGAAGGUUUUCACCCAGCAACGAGCUCUUGACUAUAUGGGGUCCAAGCUUGUGGUUAAACGAUUCCAGAGCGCCACUACGAAAACUCCGGCUGAAGAGGCUCGAGAACUGCUCCUCACAACGAUCUUGGCCCAUGUUCCCGUGGACAACUUUAACUUUCAAAUGAAGGCUAUAUACGUUUCCAUGAUGGUGCGGAGAGUCAUGGCCGCCGAGCUGGAUAAGACACUCUUCGAUGAUCGGGAUUACUACGGAAACAAGCGCCUGGAACUGGCUGGAUCACUUAUCUCCCUCAUGUUUGAAGAUCUUUUCAAGCGAAUGAAUUGGGAGCUUAAAACCAUCGCGGACAAGAACAUCCCUAAGGUCAAGGCGGCACAAUUCGAUGUGGUGAAGCACAUGCGGGCAGCGCAGAUCACCGCUGGAUUGGAAUCGGCUAUAAGUUCUGGCAACUGGACCAUCAAGCGUUUCAAAAUGGAGCGUGCGGGAGUGACGCAAGUGCUGUCCCGAUUGAGUUAUAUAUCCGCCCUCGGUAUGAUGACUCGCGUAAACUCUCAGUUCGAGAAAACCAGGAAGGUAUCCGGUCCUCGCUCCCUGCAGCCCAGUCAGUGGGGAAUGCUCUGUCCUUCGGAUACUCCCGAAGGUGAGGCCUGUGGUCUCGUUAAGAACCUCGCCCUAAUGACGCACAUUACCACGGAGGUGGAGGAGAAACCGGUAAUGGUUCUUGCCUUCAAUGCCGGCGUUGAGGAUAUCCGGGAAGUAAGCGGCAAUCCAAUCAACAACCCAAAUGUCUUCCUGGUUUUCAUCAACGGCAAUGUGCUGGGACUCACUCUGAACCACAAGCAUCUCGUGAAGAACCUUCGUUACAUGCGGAGAAAGGGUCGGAUGGGCAGCUAUGUUUCGGUGCACACGUCCUACACCCAGCGGUGCAUAUAUAUUCACACGGAUGGUGGCCGCUUGUGCCGGCCGUACAUUAUCGUGAAGAAGUGUCGUCCGCUGGUGAAGCAACACCACCUCGACGAGCUGAACCGUGGAAUCCGAAAGUUUGACGAUUUCCUGCUGGACGGAUUAAUCGAAUACUUGGAUGUCAAUGAGGAGAACGACUCGUUCAUCGCCUGGAACGAGGAGCACAUUGAGGAACGAACGACACAUCUGGAGAUUGAACCCUUCACCUUGCUGGGAGUGUGCGCAGGCCUGGUGCCCUAUCCCCACCACAAUCAAAGUCCCAGGAACACGUACCAGUGCGCCAUGGGUAAGCAGGCGAUGGGAAUGAUUGGCUACAACCAGAAGAACCGCAUCGACUCGCUGAUGUACAAUCUGGUGUACCCGCAAGCACCCAUGGUGAAAUCCAAGACAAUCGAGCUGACCAACUUCGACAAGCUGCCUGCUGGCCAAAACGCGACUGUGGCCGUGAUGAGCUACUCUGGCUACGACAUAGAAGAUGCUCUGAUCCUCAACAAGGCGUCCAUUGAUCGGGGCUAUGGACGCUGCUUGGUCUACAAGAACUCCAAGUGCACAGUGAAGCGGUAUGCGAAUCAGACUUUUGACAGGAUCAUGGGUCCGGUGAAGGAUGCUCUUACCAAUAAGGUGAUCUUUAAGCACGACGUCCUGGACACCGACGGCAUUGUAGCUCCAGGGGAAAUGGUUCAGAACAAACAGAUCAUGAUCAACAAGGAGAUGCCGGCGGUGACGUCGAUGAACCCACUGGAUGGCCAGUCCCCUCAAGUUCCCUACACGGCUGUGCCCAUCAGUUACAAGGGACCCGAGCCCAGUUACAUCGAGCGAGUGAUGGUGUCCGCCAACGCCGAGGAGGACUUUCUCAUCAAAAUCCUGCUGAGGCAAACUCGCAUCCCUGAGAUCGGAGACAAGUUCAGUUCGCGGCACGGACAGAAGGGCGUCACUGGCUUGAUUGUGGAGCAGGAGGACAUGCCCUACAAUGAUCUUGGCAUCUGUCCGGACAUGAUCAUGAAUCCCCACGGUUUUCCCUCCCGAAUGACAGUCGGCAAAACCCUGGAGCUGCUGGGCGGCAAGGCAGGUGUCUUGGAGGGAAAGUUCCACUACGGCACUGCCUUUGGCGGCUCAAAGGUGCAGGAUAUUCAGGCGGAGUUGGAACGUCAUGGCUUCAACUACAUGGGCAAGGACUUUUUCUACUCGGGCAUUACUGGAGCGCCUCUGGAGGCGUACAUCUACUCGGGACCAGUUUACUAUCAGAAGCUGAAGCACAUGGUGCAGGACAAGAUGCAUGCCCGUGCCCGUGGACCCAAGGCCGUGCUCACCCGCCAACCCACCCAGGGCAGGAGUCGCGAAGGUGGCCUGCGUCUCGGUGAGAUGGAGCGGGAUUGUCUCAUCUCGUAUGGAGCCAGUAUGCUGAUCAUGGAGCGGCUUAUGAUUUCCUCGGAUGCCUUCGAGGUGGAUGUGUGUCGCACUUGCGGAAGACUGGCCUACUGUUCGUGGUGCCACUUCUGCCAGUCGUCGGCAUAUGUCUCCAAGAUUUCCAUGCCUUAUGCCUGCAAAUUGCUCUUCCAGGAGCUCACCAGUAUGAAUGUGGUUCCCAAGAUGAUACUGGAGGAUUAUUAAAACGGAUACUAUAUAGGUAUAUAUAAUUUGUGAACGGAGGAUGAGUG